AAUGAGAUUUUUGUGAUUUUGAAAAUGUAAAUCUCACUGUAAUAAGCGUUAGCUAGCUGCUCCACUUGGUCUGAAUAUUUUUUUCUCGUCUUUGUCAAGCCCAAACGAAAAAUUAAUCCAUAUUGUGGCUACAUUACCGAUAACAGCAUCCCUGGAGUGACCGGAAAGGUUAGCCGACCUAGCGGAAGUGCUAAUGAGGUCUGCUCUGGCACGGAUUAUUCCCGUCACACAUGUAGCUUUGAAAAUAAAUCUUCUACAAUACACAGAGCUGUAGCUCCGUUUCAGUGUGAGGUCUAAUGUUUCUCUGUGUGACUGUGUCUGACUUCCUCUAAUAAAACCCUCCUGUUCACUGGUAGCCCCCGGGUCAGACUGACUAUUGACUGACUGAGAGCAGACGGAGAGCAGUGAUUGGUCAGACUGACUGAGAGCCGAGGACUCUCUGUCCCGCCCAUAUUUACGGCUUCUGCUGUUUACCUACUAUUUCAUAUAGUUUUCCAAGCACUGAAAAACAGAAAGGCCUGUAGUCACUUCAGCUUUAGGGGAUAGGAUUUUAUUAUCCAGCUUAUCUGUGCUGUAAUUUAAAUAUAAUAACUGUAGUGUUCAUCAUUACUUUGAUCAUAUUCUGGGAGGUUAUUUUUCUAAUCUGCACUAAGAAGCACUACAACAUGUGAAUCAGUCAUUAAACAACUUUCACGAUUAUGGAGUAAAUUUACUGUUUUCUCCAGUUUAACUUCAGAGAAUCAGGAGAUAUUCAGGACUACUGACAACAGAGAACCUUAACCUGACUGUUUUAAUCAUAUUUAGAUUUUCUAAACGUGACAUUAAUGUGAACCAGCGUCUCCACUGACAGUUUUAGUAACUAAAUGCACUACAUUACAGUAACACAACACACUUCAGCUGUUUACAUGAAACUCAACAGAAACAUCGUUAGCUUAAUGUUACGUUAGCUUUAAUCAUGCUAUGACUGAGCAGCUAGCUCGGUUAGCAUCGCUAACAUUAAAACUAAUAUUUACCGGAUGCUAAUUUUCUUCUCUGGUCAACACACACAGAAAUAAACUCCACCAACAUCUGGAGUGCACGGCACACAUUAUAUCUGACACUAAAGCUGUAUAUAAAGUGCAUUAAAAGCGGCACAGAUACGAAAAUAAACAUUAACUUACUGAACUAUCAGAGUCCUUUCAGUGUCUGCUGGUAGAAUCAGCCGAAGGUAGAAAAGUGGUUAAAACAACCCAACGGGCAGAAAAACUGUCUGUGGAAAAUGUUCUGCUGCCCCACCGAUAAAUAAACCAACAGUUAUUAUAUCAGAAUUAAUCCAAACGAGGAGAGCAGAGUCUCUGCUGCUUCCUCCAUAGGACCUGUCAAUCAUUCCAGACCGGACUGUCAAUCAAGUAGCCAUGCCCCCCGGGCUUCGCAAAACUUUAACGCUCUAUAAAAAAAUUCAGUAGUGAUUUAUUUUAAGAUCGGCCACCCGAUCUCUCAUUUUGAGCACGAAAAAAAAAAUUAUAGUGCAUUUACAGUCUACGCACUGUACUCUGGCUCCACACUUGCUGAUGACCACUUCCGGUCUCAGAAAACGAAAAAACUGACCUUUUUUUGUUUCUGUCUCUUCCUGAUUUUACUUUUUUGUUAUUCUAAAUGUAAAAUGAAAAUCCAACCAUUUUUAAAAUUUCGUAUAUCCCUUUUUGAUCAUGAAAAGGAAAACGCCUUGUAUUUCAAUUUUAAUUUUUGUAUUUUAAAACGAAAAUCAAAUAGCCACUGUUUUUUUGUUUUUCAAUAACCGUUUCAGAACAGAAAAUCCAAUUGCCAAAAUAUACGCGGAUCAGCAGGGAAAUAAUGCGUCUUGUGAGGGCGUUAAAAGCAUCAGUAAAACAGGAGUUUUGUGUCAAUUUAUCUUUCCAUACUAGAGUUGCUUGUCUAACGCCCCAGGAUGUUACAGAAUAGCAACACUAACAGACUCACCAGCAUUUCUAUUUGCUCUGAACGUCCCACAACGCGGCGCUCAAGUUGAUUGUUUAUGUUCCUACUACGCAUGCGUGUCAGUGCACGCGCGCUCCGGUCGCCGUGGCAACGGUUUGUUGAUCCGUGAUGAGACGAGUCUUUCAUACAGUUUAACAUGAAACUAAAGAGGUUCCUUCUCAGAUAUUAUCCUCCAGGUAUCAUCCUGGAAUAUGAGAAAGGAGGUUAUUUGAGGACCAAAUCCAUCGACCUUCUGGAUUUGACUCCAGAGACAAAUCCAGAUGAGUUGGUGGUAGAAAUCAGGCAGUCGGAGCCUCUGAUCACAGAAUCCCGGGCUGAACAGGUCAAACAUCUGGUUCUUCGACUGCAGCAGAAACAGGGCCAGCAGAACCACCACAGGUUCUGUUUUUUCAAGGAGCUAAAAGCACACAUACUGCCACUGACAAAUGUUGCAUUUGACAAAUCUGGGUCAAGGUUUAUAACUGGGAGUUAUGACAGAACAUGCAGAGUUUGGGACACGGCCUCAGGCACGGAGCUGCACAUGCUAGAGGGCCAUAGAAAUGUGGUAUACGCAAUCGCAUUCAACAACCCAUAUGGAGACAAGAUUGCCACGGGCUCUUUUGAUAAGACCUGCAAACUAUGGUGCGCUGAGACUGGCAAAUGUUUUCAUACUUUCCGAGGACACAUGGCAGAAAUAGUGUGCCUGGCGUUCAACCCUCAGAGCACACUGGUGGCCACAGGCAGCAUGGACACCACUGCCAAGCUGUGGGACGUGGAGAGUGGGGAGGAGGUGGCCACUCUGACUGGUCACACUGCAGAGGUCCUGUCGUUGUGCUUUAACACAGUUGGCAAUCAGCUUGUCACCGGCUCCUUCGACCACACAGUUGCUAUAUGGGAUGUGGCUUCAGGAAGACGUGUUCACACUCUGACUGGUCACACAGGAGAAAUAAGCAAUGUUCAGUUUAACUGGGACUGCUCCCUCAUUGUUACAGGUUCCAUGGACAAAACCUCCAAGUUGUGGGAGGCAGUCAGUGGGAAGUGUGUGACCACCCUAGUUGGACACAAAGAAGAGGUGUUGGAUGUGUGUUUUGAUUUAAGUGGUCAGCUCAUUGCCACUGCCUCUGCUGAUGGUACAGCACGAGUGUUCAGUGCAAUCACACAUCAGUGUCUCGUCACCUUAGAAGGCCAUGACGGAGAAAUCUCCAAGAUCUGCUUCAGCCCCCAGGGCAGCAGAGUCCUGACCGCCAGCUCAGACAAGACGGCUCGUCUGUGGGAUGUUCAGUCUGGAGUCUGCGUACAAGUCCUGGAAGGGCACACCGACGAGAUCUUCUCCUGCGUUUUCAACUAUGAGGGUGACACCAUCAUUACAGGCAGCAAGGAUAACACAUGCCGAAUCUGGUACUGACUUCACCCCCUGACCCAUCAGAGGCAGUCAUACACAUGGACACAACAAUCAAUUUGUGUUUUCCACUUCGCAUCUGUUUAAUUGGGGAUUGCUAUCUGAAAAAAAAAAAUCUGCUGUUGCACUCAGGUAAAAGACUGUCUUUUAACAUCCAUGCAAGAUUAAACUGUGAUUGGAAGUCAUCAUCAGUAGUAUGGAAACUACGCUCAUAAAAUACCAUCCCAAGUAGCUGAAUGUUUCAAUUAGGCUUUAAAGAAAUAGUUUUACAUUGUGGGGGAAGGAUUGAUUUGUUGUAUUAUGAAGGGUUAGACAAAAAGAUGAUUCGCUUUAUUAUCAGUACAUUAAAUAUGGAGCUGGAACCAAGAGGUGUAUCGAUUAGCUUAGCAUUAAAGAAGCAGAGAGGGACAGCUAACCUGGUCCUCUACUGCUGGUAGGCAGUGAGCACCGAAUCUGACAUGUUGGAUUUUGCCUUUUUAAUCCAAGCAAUAAGUGAAAUGUAAAAGGACACGUUGUAGUCUCACAAUGUGUUGAGUAACAUAUACCACAUCUUAACAUCAACUGCAAAUAGCCAGCAUGUGGAUGAACUUCAUGUCCCAGUUUGUCGAAAAAUUGUUACAGCAUGGAUUAUGAAAUACAUGUACAGAAAUCAAAUUGGAUUCUCUCAUCUAACUCUUGGCAAGAAAGUGGCUAAGCUAUUACCCAAAUUGUCAGAGUAUUUCUUUAAAGCUCACCGUUGACAUUAAAGAAAGAUAACCAGAUCGUAAUGAAGCUGUAUAAAGCCUUUAAAUGUUUUCAGGUGUGAGUUAUACUCUGAUACUCUGCUAUCUUACUUGUAAACAUCUUAAAUUAGAUCAUUUUUUCAAUUUUUGCAACAUACUGCAUUAAAGAAAACCUUUUCAUCAUAUUCACACAUCAGAAUUACUGUAAAUGUCUGUCUAUGUUUCAUCUCCAUGAAUCCAUUAUCAGAUAGCAAAGACGUGAUACUCUUGUUCCCACUGCCUUGCAUGUUUCUGUGUACCUAAGCAGUAUUUUCUGAAAGCAUACCACAAUGAUGACAGUUUAUUUGGUAGCUUUCCUGGUUAUGACUAAAACAUCGUAUGGCUGUUUUACACACUCACUGUGCCUGCAACCUGUUUUAGGAACAGCAGAAAAUGCAGUGUAACAGUAAUGUCAACAAAUGUGUAACUGAGCAUUCUCUAUGGCUGUUCUGUUGAAUGUUAGAAAUCAUACACUCUGUAUUUCACAUCACAGAAAUUUAAUGAUGUCAAAAGAUAAAUACAUUCAGUUCUACUGUGACAGAGUUUACA